UCGCUAUCUAUUUACGCCACCCCUUCUCUUCAUCCAACUCUCUCCCCUUACUUCCCUUACUUCCACAAAAUCAUGGCCGACAGAACCAACCGGUUAGGCGUUAAGAGGAAAGAGAAGAAAGUCGAAGACAAGGCAAAAGAUGAGAAAGACAAAGAAAAGGAAAAGGGGAAGGAAAAGGCUUUGAAGAAGCCUGAUAAACCUGUGAAGAAGCAAGAAAAGACAGAGAAGACAGAGCCACCAAAGGCGGCUGAGGAGAAGACGAAUGGAGAAAGUGAAGGGGCCACAGCAGCAGAGGCAAAUAACAAUGAGGACAAUGGAGAGUUUCAGCCCAUUGAGCUGCCUCCUUUUGAGAUCGUCACAGGGGAGCUGAUGAGCCCGUUCUACUUCAAGUUUCAGUUCAGGAAUGUGGAGUAUUCAUCUGGGAGGAACAAAACCUUACUGUGCUUCAGAGUGGACACAGCAGGAGACAACGCAGAGACCCUGCAAGGUUACAUGGAAGAUGAACAUGCCUUAGCCCACGCAGAAGAGGCCUUUUUUCAACAGGUGCUUCCUAAUAACGCCUCCCAAGAGUACAACGUGACAUGGUACGUAUCAUCCAGUCCCUGCGUAGCUUGUGCUGUCAAGCUGGUCGGCAUCCUCCAACAGCGCAAAAAGCUUCGUCUCUGCAUAUUCUGCUCUCGCCUCUUUGAGUGGGAGGAACCAGAGAUUGCAGGAGGGCUUAAGGCUCUGGUGCAGGCCGGCUGCAAGUUGCGAAUGAUGAAGCCAGUUGACUUCGUGCAUGUUUGGGACACGUAUGUGGAGAAGGAGGACGAGGAGAGCUUUACACCAUGGGAGGAUUGUCAAGAGAACUAUGACUACUAUUUUGAGAAAUUGGCUGAUGUCCUCAAGUAGAUGUGAGUUACAACAGGUUGUGUUUGUAGCCUACAGGCGUUCCUGGGUAAUAAAAAGAUGUUUCGUUUGUUUUUUUAAAUUACCAUGCUUUUCACUUUGGUUUUGAUUUGCUAUCUUGUUACUGUUACAGGUUCCCACUGACAGAACCCCAAACAUGCCUGCUAGUGAAAUACCCACUAGUUAAAUGUGUUUUUCACUGUCACGUGAAGCACUUGUGGCAGCAUUUUAUACUGUUUAUUUUGAUGAAUUCACAUAUAAAAGCACAAAAUAUGAAAAUAACUAUAUCAAACAAGAUCCAACUGAACAUUGUAGCCGAACAAAGCUGCUAAAUCAAUUGUUGAAAUGUUUCUAGGAUUAGAUAAAUUUUUGUGAAAGUGAACUCUGCUGACAUCUGGUGUCUGUUUAGAGAAGUGAAAUAAAAAGCGCGAGGCAACAAUGACCGCUGCAUAAAUAAUGUUUCACCAUUAACAGUGUGCGAUAAAUAUAACAAUAAUGUUGAUAAAAAAACAGUUACAGGUUGUGAAUGAGCAUGUAAUAUGCAGAAUAAAUCUAUACAUAAUUA